AUGGCGGCUCCCAUGUCGUGGAGGAAGCUGGUGUACUGUGUGUACACACCGGCCCUGGCCGGGGUUUUCACCCGAAUAUCAGACCGAUUCUUCCGUACACGGGAUCGAAGGCGAGGGUAAGAUACGACUGUUGUGGAACUUAAGUGGAGAAGAAAAAGAGAGACAACAUUGUUUUUCUUCGUCAGACAUAAUGACAGCGUUCACAUGCCAACCUCUAGCUGGGUAUUUCAACUCCACGAUGAGGGAAAACUCGGUUAGCCAACCUCUUCUCGUGGCAGUGAUGUGUGCGUGCAGCCAGUCUUUACGUACACAAUGUUUCCGUGUUCUUUCAUAAUGUAGGAAAAGGCUAUGUUGUCAUUUUGAUAGCGUGCGUCAGAUAUUAUAGCAACACGUUUUCUGUUGUAAUCUGAUUGUUGCUUACGAAUAGUUUCAUAAUGUCAUUUGAUAACAUUAUGGUCAUGGCGAAGGUUACAUAAUAAACAUCAGCGUGCAAGUUAAGUUCAGCCAGCACAUGUAAGCGAUGUAAAACAAACAUCCCCCCUUCCAUUUUCUUCCGGUUGCUUAGGCCUACUUUUAUCUGUGAAUUUCAAUUGUCCCCCCCAUGUGUUGUCAAGUCUCUGUGUAGAGCAGUGCUUCUCAAUUAUUUUCUGUUACGCCCCCCCCUAGGAAGAAGUAAACAUUUCGCGCCCCCCAACUCUCCGCCACGACUGUAAAUAGUAUAAUUUGUCUAUAAAAUUGUUAUAUGUACACCUCUGCAUAACAUUGUAUCCUUAUUAACAUUAAAGAAAAUAAAAAAGAAAGAAAUAUAGAUCAACUUACAACAAAGAAUAACUUUAUUAACAUUGUAACAGAAAAUACUUAAAGUGCAUCAAUUUGCCUGAAAAAAAAAAAAUGCAACCCUUAUUUAAACUGUAAACAUUUUUUGACCAUUUGAUACUGAAAAAUAAAAUAAAAUAUAAUCAAUAAAUAACAAUACAUUCAAAUUGAUCAGCAACAUUAACUCAGGAGCACAAUAUAUGAAACACUUUGACCUAUAAAACAAAAAUGAAUAAAACAAUUUGAGCUGAUUAUUUUUUUUAUUUUUAUAAAAAUGAGGAAGUCAGGAUUAAUGGCUACAAUGAGCACGUUUUGCAGUGCACAGCUUUUCGAAGCAGGGUUUGAAGCGUGAUACUGCAACUCUCAGCUCCUGCUCAAUGUUUAGCUGGGACCUGUACUUGGUCUUCAGUGCAGCAACAGCAGAGAAGCCAGUCUCACAAAGAGAGGCAGUAUCCACUCUUAGCCCUCUGCCCUAAGAGUGGAUACUGCCUCUCUACACUCAGCCAGAAUUCACUCAAUGUCUGUGAUGUGAACCUCAGUCUCAAUGUGGAGUCAGACGUGAUAUCAAUGAACUGGUCCUCCUCUGCAGAGCUGAAACCAGUUGGAGCUGGUGCAUUGAAAUGAUCUCUCACCCAGUCAUAUUGGGAACUGUUUUCAGGGAAGUACUUUUUAAAGAAUCCCAUCAGUGAUGAAAUAUGCUCCUUAAUAUAUGGAAUCACUGAGGUGGCAUCAUAGUCAGUAGUGUCAACAAAUUCAUGCAGGUUCUCGAAUGAAUCAGUAUUUCCUUCAUCAAGUCGCCUGCCCCACAUUGCAAGCUUUCGAGUGAAAGAGCUGAUCUUGUCUGUGACCUGAGGGAGGUGUUUAUCUUUCCCUUGAAGCUGUAGAUUUAGUUCAUUUAGCUUUCCAAAUAUGUCACUCAGGUAGGCCAGCUUUGCCAGGAAGUUCUCAUCACUACAUUUUUCUGCGAGGUCAUACUUGUGCUCCUGCUCCGAAAACAUUCUUAUCUGCUCUCUGAGCUCAAAAACUCGGGACAAGACGUUUCCUCAUGACAGCCACCUUGCUUCACUGUGAAACAGCACAGCUUGAUGUUCAGCUCCCAUCUCCUCACAGAUAGCAGAGAAGACUCUUGUUUUUAGUGGUCUGGUCUUUAUGAAAUUGACUACACCUACAAUGUCAGUCAUAACCUCACUUAAUUCAGAGGAAAGGUGCCUUGAUGCCAGUGCUUCUCUGUGUAUAACACAGUGUGUCCACUCAGCAUUAGGUGAGGCCUUCUUGAUGAGUGCCCGAAGUCCUUUUCUCAUCCCUGCCAUGGUCUGUGCACCAUCACUGCAAACACCAAUGCAGUUCUCCCACUUUAGCCCAUUCUCAGUCAGGAAGUAGUCCAGCAUUUUGAAUAGCUCUUCAGCUGUGGCUCUGUCUCUGACAUAUUUACAAAAAAGUAGAUCCUCACACAGGGAGUUUGUCAUGUCAAAACGUACAUAAACGAUAAACAGUCUUUGUUGCUGUCAGUUGCUUCAUCGAACUGUAAGGCAAAAAGUUUGUCUUUGAGUUUACCAGCUGUUCUUUAAGAUCGUUAUCAAUGUCAUCUAUACGUCUGGCGACAGUGUCAUUGGACAGAGGGAUAGUUUUUAUUUUUGCAGCACUUGCGUCAUCCAGCAUGACAGAGACCAUGUCUAAUACUGCAGGCAGUAUCAACUCCUCUGCUAUGGAGUGGGGUUUUCUGCACUGAGCAAUUUGGUACGCCACCUUAUAUGACGCUGUUUACUGAAGUAGCAUUCACAAAGCGGGACGAUUGUUGGCAAUAUUCGGCACGUUUUCGCUGAAAAAACUCAAGAGGCUUAGCAGCGUGAUUGGGGUGUAAUGUCUUUAAGUGACGCCUUAAUUUAUUUGGCUUCAUGCUGUCCGCUGCCAACAUUUUUAGACACAGUAAACAUACCGGUCUUUCCUCGUCUCCCACCGUAGUCACAGUGAAGCCAAGCGCUACAUACGCUUCGUCAUAUUUCCUCGUCUUAGUUUUCGGGAGACUUUGUCUCAUUAUCUCCGUCUUUCUUUUCAUCCCUGUUAGAUAUGUUUCCAUGGUGUCUCUUAAGGGUUUGUUAUCUGCACUUCAUAUCUCCUGCUCUGUGCUGUGUGCUCUUGUUCGGUGCAAAAAAAAACUACUCCCUGCGGCAAAAAAAAGCAUGUUCCCCGGGGUCACACGCGCCCCCCCUGGCAUCGCUCCGAGCCCCCCCAGGGGGGCGCGCCCCACUAUUUGAGAAGGACUGGUGUAGAGUAACAGUAACUCAGACAUUUUCAGAAUGAGGAAAUCUCUCCCUGGUCUUUUUGUGGUUUCCUGAAAACCUGAAGUUGCAACAACUGCCAGAUGUCUGUCUGUCUGUCAGACAGUCUGUCCACACCUGCAUAGAGUCACAUGCCUCAGUUUCACAUCUUUAGUAUCUACCAUAGAGCGACACACACACACUGAGCUCGGCGACUGACUCUGGCCUAGGCUUAGCUGUGAGUGCCAAGGUCAGUUCGGCGACUGACUCUGGCCUAGGCUUAGCUGUGAGUGCCAAGGUCAGUUCGGCGACUGACUCUGGCCUAGGCUUAGCUGUGAGUGCCAAGGUCAGUUCGGCGACUGACUCUGGCCUAGGCUUAGCUGUGAGUGCCAAGGUCAGUUCGGCGACUGACUCUGGCCUAGGCUUAGCUGUGAGUGCCAAGGUCAGUUCUGGAGGUAGCUUUGGGAAAACAAUGUAGUCUGUGUUUUGGUUGGACUCCAUGAGUUGUGUACCGUUCUGGUGGUCCAACCAAUACAGACUACCGACUACUAGUCUGGAGGUUGUCAUCCAGAAGGGAGAGAUCAACCCCGGACAGUCCAGGCUACUCCUCAUCCAGACUAGAGCUGGGUCUCAAAUGGCCCCAGUAGUACUCUAUAAAGGGAAUAUGGGGCCAUUUGGGACACAACUUUAAGCUUUAUCUUCAUUCCCAUGAGCUGAGGAGGCUAUCAUCACCUAGAGUAGCUAGGUGAUGGGACUAAUGGCCGUAGAGACGGAACAGUUUUAUCUCAAACAUUAUCUGUAGAUGUCGCUAACUAGCCAGAUAGAUACACUACAUGACCAAAGGUAUGUGGACACCUGCUCGUCGAACAUCUCAUUCCAAAAUCAUGGGCAUUAAUAUGGAGUUGGUCCACCCUUUGCUGCUAUAACAACCUCCACUCUUCUGGGAAGGCUUUCCAGUAGAUGUUGAAACAUUGCUGCGGGGACAUUCUUCCAUUCAGCCACAAGCAAGAGUGAGGUCUGGCACUGAUGUUGGGCGAUUAGGCCUGGCUCGCAGUCGGCGUUCCAAUUAAUCCCAAAGGUGUUCGAUGGGGUUGAGGUCAGGGCUCUGUGCAGGCCAGUCAAGUUCUUCCAUACCAAUCUCGACAAACCAUUUCUGUAUAGACCUUGUUUUGUGCACGGGGGCAUUGUCAUGCUGAAACAGGAAAGGGCCUUCCCCAAACUGUUGCCGCAGAGUUGGAAGCACAGAAUCAUCUAGAAUGUCAUUGUAUGCUGUAGCAUUAAGAUUUCCCUUCACUGGAACUAAGGGGCCUAGCCCAAACCAUGAAUAACAGCCCCAGAUCAUUAUUCCUGCUCCACCAAACUUUACAGUUGGCACUAUGCAUUGGGGCAGGUAGCGUUCUCCUGGCACCGCCAAACCAAGAUUUGUCCGUCGGACUGCCAGAUGGUGAAGCGUGAUUUGUCACUCCAGAGAACGUGUUUCCACUGCUCCAGAGUCCAAUGGCGGCAAGCUUUACACCACUCCAGCCGACGCUUGUUAUUGCACAUUGUGAUCUUAGACUUAUGUGCGGCUGCUCGGCCAUGGAAACCCAUUUCAUGAAGCUCCUGACGAACAGUUAUUGUGCUGACGUUGCUUCCAGAGGCAGUUUGGAACACUGUAAUGAGUGUUGCAACUGAGGACAGACAAUUGUUUCCACUUCACAAUAACAGCACGUACAGUUGACUGGGGCAGCUCUAGCAGGGCAGAAGUUUGACGAAAUGACUUGUUGGAAAGGUGGCAUUCUAUGAUGGUGCCACGUUGAAAGUCACUGAGCACUUCAGUAAGGCCAUUCUACUGCCAAUGUUUGUCUAUGGAGAUUGCGUGGCUGUGUGCUCGAUUUUAUACACCUGUCAGCAACGGGUGUGGCUGAAACAGCCCGAAUCUGCUAAUUUGAAGGGGUGUCCACAUACUUUUGUAUAUAUAGUGUAUGUCUUCCCUUCAAUUUUCUUCCGGUUGCUUUAGGCCUACUUUUAUCUGUGAAUUUCCAUUUUCCUCCCCUUGUGUUGUCUCUGUGUUGAGUAACAGUAACUCAGAAAUUCUCAGAAUGAGGACAUCUUUUUGUGGUUUCCUGAAAACCUGAAGUUGCAACAACUGCCAGAUGUCUGUCUGUCCACACCUGCAUAUAGUCACGUGCCUCAGUUUCACAUCAUCUUUAGUAGCUACCGUAGAGCGACUAUGAGCUUACAACUUCGAGCUUUAUCUUCAUCCGAAUGUCCUGAGGAGGCUAUCAUCAUCACCUAGACUAGCUAGGCUACAUGAUCGGACUCAUGGCAGUAGAGACAGAACACAGUUUUAUCUCAAUGGUCAUGGCACCUAGAGAGGUUUGGCUACACAGUGUCAGUUCUCCAUUUACUUACCUGAGAGACAGAGGAAGGGGAAAGGGUACAUAGGGAGACGCUUGUCUGUAUUCAGGGUAAUAUUCAUUAUGGCACACCGUACCAAAAUGUUUUGAAGUUGAAAAUGAGCCUUUUUUAUUGGACAAGUUCAGGUAGUCCCUCCCUGUUUGUCUGCUUUCUUCCGUUUGGUGCCUGAUAAAUACGAUGACCCAGAUGGGAAAUGAAAGACAAUGGCCUCCUGACGGUGAGGUAAAGGAGAGUGGGAAGAGAGGAGGAUUGUGUUGCCGUAGACUUGGUUGUAAUAAGAAACUGUGUGUAAAUGGAAGGCACAUUAUCUAAAUUCACCCUCGGGGACUCAUACACAAGGCAGCCACAUGUUCUCACAAAUGAAAUAGCUUGCCUUUACUAAGCUGUCACCGGUACAUAUUGGCUAUGUGUCCCAAUACCUAGACUUGUGUUCUAAGUAGUAGGCAUUUUUGGUACACUACCGGUCAAAUGUUUUAGAACACCUACUCCUUCAAGGGUUUUUCUUUAUUUUGACUAUUUUCUACAUUGUAGAAUAAUAGUGAAGACAUCAAAACUAUGAAAUAACAGAUAUGGAAUCAUGUACUAACCAAAAAAAGGGUUAAACAAAUCAAAAUAUAUUUUAUAUGAGAUUCUUCAAAUAGCCACCCUUUGCCUUGAUGACAGCUUUGCACACUCUUGGCAUUCUCUCAACCAGCUUCAUGAGGUAGUCACCUGGAAUGCAUUUCAGUUAACAGGUGUGCCUUCUUAAAAGUUAAUUUGUGGAAUUUCUUUCCUUAAAGCGUUUGAGCCAAUCUGUUGUGUUGUGACCACAAAUUACUUGUUUGCUAAGUUCGCCAUAUUGUACAUUGCUCUCCGUUACUCUUUUGUAUCGGCAUUAGCACAGUAUACAUGAUCCCAAUUCUAGCUCCAAGACGGCGGCAAUUUGAAAAAACAAAAAUGUAGAUUGUGCUGAUUUACUGGCACAUUGAACCAUGUUGCGCGCUGUAGUUUAAGAACCCUGUGGAUAGCGCUAAAAACAAUGACGUCAUAUCGGAAUUCCUCCAGCAAGCAUUUCACCUGUUGUAUUCGACGCAAAUACAAUUUCAUCUGAUUAGAUGACGCAUUCUCAGGAUGGAUUAUAUUUGUUGUUUACUGCAUUCGUUUUUACUAAACAGCAUGUUCUAAAUAAUAUGUAGUACGAUUAGUACACAGUAUGUUGUUUUAGUAAGUAGUAGACAGAUUUCAGACACGGACAGAAUCUCAGCUCUCUAAGAUAUAACAUUUUACAUUUACAUUUACAUUUUAGUCAUUUAGCAGACGCUCUUAUCCAGAGCGACUUACAGUUAGUGAGUGCAUACAUUUUUUUCUCAUACAUGUCCCCCCAUGGGAAUCGUUUGCCGUUGCAAACGCCAUGCUCUACCAACUGAGCUACAUCCCUGCCGGCCAUUCCCUCCCCUACCCUGGACGACGCUGGGCCAAUUGUGCGCCGCCCCAUGGGUCUCCCGGUCGCGGCCGGCUACAACAGAGCCUGGAUUCGAACCAGGAUCUCUAGUGGCACAGCUAGCACUGCGAUGCAGUGCCUUAGACCACUGCGCCACUCGGGAUAACCUUAUGAUAUUCUCACAGUUCAAUGAAAAGUGCGUCUAGUGUAUUAUUUUAAAAGACCCUGUAAUUCCAGUGUACUGACACCCAUCCAACCUUUGCCCGGCAGGAAAACAGGUGUCUAGUGUGCCGCUAGGCUGUUGGCCCACCAUAAUAAAGAUGUUCUACUCUAUAAGGAAAUCCCUGUAGGCUUAUACACUACGUCAUUGGUUCAAAGCAGCAGUGGAGCCACAGCGCUCUCUCUGUGAAUCUGCUGUCUGAUGUUUAUGUUGAAUGUAUUGUCUCCCGUGGUUUUGUGGGUGGAGCCCACAUGGUAAUUCCCUGCCAUUGUUCCUGACUCUCAACUCUCUGUGUGCAUCCCAAAUUACACCCUAUUCCCUAAAUAGUUUAAAGUUGUAUUAGUCGUAUGUACAGGAUACACAUGGUAUACACCGUCCAACGAAAUGCGUACUUGCAGGUACCUUCUUGACAAUGCAACAACAAUAAUAAAUAAUAAAAGAUCAGAAUACGAACAGUAAAUGGCUCAGUAGAAUAGAAUAAAGAUUUGAGCAUAAGUAUAAUACAGGAAGGCAAAAUGUAUCGCCCAAUAUUUAGACGUUUUGGGGAAGGGGGGGAUUGGGGGGCAAGUGUUUAAAUUGUGCAGUAUAUACAGUGAGGGGAAAAAGUAUUUGAUCCCCUGCUGAUUUUGUACGUUUGCCCACUGACAAAGAAAUGAUCAGUCUAUAAUUUUAAUGGUAGGUUUAUUUGAACAGUGAGAGACAGAAUAACAACAAAAAAAUCCAGAAAAACGCAUGUCAGAAAUGUUAUAAAAUGAUUUGCAUUUUAAUGAGGGAAAUAAGUAUUUGACCCCCUCUCAAUCAGAAAGAUUUCUGGCUCCCAGAUGUCUUUUAUACAGGUAACGAGCUGAGAUUAGGAGCACACUCUUAAAGGAAGUACUCCUAAUCUCAGUUUGUUACCUGUAUAAAAGACACCUGUCCACAGAAGCAAUCAAUCAAUCAGAUUCCAAACUCUCCACCAUGGCCAAGACCAAAGAGCUCUCCAAGGAUGUCAGGGACAAGAUUGUAGACCUACACAAGGCUGGAAUGGGCUACAAGACCAUCGCCAAGCAGCUUGGUGAGAAGGUGACAACAGUUGGCGCGAUUAUUCGCAAAUGGAAGAAACACAAGGACUGAAAUACUGCAGCGCCCUAUAGGUCCCCCUGCUCAAGAAAGCACAUAUACAGGGCCGUCUGAAGUUUACCAAUGAACAUCUGAAUGAUUCAGAGGAGAACUGGGUGAAAGUGUUGUGGUCAGAUGAGACCAAAAUCGAGCUCUUUGGCAUCAACUCAACUCACUGUGUUUGGAGGAGGAGGAAUGCUGCCUAUGACCCCAAGAUCACCAUCCCCACCGUCAAACAUGGAGGUGGAAACAUUAUGCUUUGGGGGUGUUUUUCUGUUAAGGGGACAGGACAACUGCACCGCAUCAAAGGGACGAUGGACAGGGCCAUGUACCGUCAAAUCUUGGGUGAGAACCUCCUUCCCUAAGCCAGGGCAUUGAAAAUGGGUCGUGGAUGGGUAUUCAAGCAUAACAAUGACCCAAAACACACGACCAAGGCAACAAAGGAGUGGCUCAAGAAGAAGCACAUUAAGGUCCUGGAGGGGCCUAGCCAGUCUCCAGACCUUAAUCCCAUAGAAAAUCUGUGGAGGGAGCUGAAGGUUUGAGUUGCCAAACGUCAGCCUCGAAACCUUAAUGACUUGGAGAAGAUCUGCAAAGAGGAGUGGAACAAAAUCCCUCCUGAGAUGUGUGCAAACCUGGUGGCCAACUACAAGAAAUGUCUGACCUCUGUGAUUGCCAGCAAGGGUUUUGCCACCAAGUACUAAGUCAUGUUUUGCAGAGGGGUCAAAUACUUAUUUCCCUCAUUAAAAUGCAAACCAUUUUAUAACAUUUCUGACAUGCGUUUUUCUGGAUUUUUUUGUAGUUAUUCUGUCUCUCACUGUUCAAAUAAACCUACCAUUAAAAUUAUAGACUGAUCAUGUCUUUGUCAGUGGGCAAACGUACAAAAUCAGCAGGGGAUCAAAUACUUAUUUCCCUCACUGUAGCAAAAAUAAUAAGAGUCUGGUAGCAGUAGUUGUGAUUUGUGUAGCGUGUGUGUGUGGAUGAGUGUAUAUCUGAGUGAGUGCAUGUGUGCUAAGGUGUGGAGAGUCAGUGCAGGAUUUGGCAGCACAUCCAACCGGCCUCACAAUCGCAGAGCACUUGUAACCACGCCAGCCUAGGACCUCAAUUUCCGGCUUCUUCCCCUGCGGGAUCGUCUGAGACCAGCCACCCGGACAGCUGAUGAAACUGUGGGUUUGCACAACCAAAGAAUUCCUGUACAAACUGUUAGAAACCGUCUCAGGGAAGCUCAUCUGCUUGGUCUUGAGCUGACUGCAGCUCACCUUCUGUGGCCACUGGCACGCUGGAGAAGUGUGCUCUUCACGGAUGAAUCCCAUUUUCAACUGGCAGACAACGUGUAUGGCUCGAGCAGUUUGAUGUCACCGUUGUGAACAGAGUGCUCCAUGGUGGGGUUAUGGUAUGGGCAGGCAUAAGCUACGGACAACGAACACAAUUGCAUUUUAUCAAUGGCCAUUUGAAUGCACAGAGAUGCCGUGACGAGAUCCUGAGGCCCAUUGUCGUGCCAUUCAUCCGUCGACAUGUUUCUGCAUGAUAAUGCACGGCCCCAUGUCGCAAGGAUCUGUACACAGUUCCCGGAAGCUGAAAAUGUCCCAGUUCUUCCAUGGUCUGCAUACUCACCAGACAUGUCACCCGUUGAGCAGGUUUGGGAUGCUCUGGAUCUACAUGUACGACAGAGUGUUCCAGUUUCCGCCAAUAUCCAGAAACUUUGCACAGCAAUUGAACAGGAGUGGGACAACAUUCCACAAUCAACAGCCUGAUCAACUCUAUGUGAAGGAGAUGUGUCACGCUGCAUGAGGCAAAUGGUGGUCACACCAGAUACUGACUGGUUUUCUGAUCCACGCCCCAAUUUUUUUUUUUAAGGUAUCUGUUACCAACAGAUUAUUCCCAGUCAUGUGAAAUCCAUAGAUUAGGGCAUAAUGCAUUUAUUUCAAUUGACUGAUUUCCUUAUGUGAACUGUAACUAACAGAAAUUGUUGCAAGUUGCGUAAUGUUUUUUGUUUAGUGUAGGUUGUUUAUCUAUAGGAGACAAUCCCCACUCUGUUUCUAUGAAAGUAAUUCCUGUCCAUUCUCCCUUUCUCUUCCUCUCCACCCCCCCCCCCCCCCCCCCCCCCCAAGGUCGUCUGUGUUGCUCCUAGCCCCUCUCCUAGCGGAGGCAGAUCCCUCUCCCCUUCCUCUUUUCAGAUCCCCCGGGUCGACUGGAGCUCAGGGCGCUGAUGGCCUCCAUGCUCGCUUCCUUUGGAUGGCAGAACAUGUGCCCGCCUUCAGGGUGCCUGGCACACACAUCCACAUCCUCACCUCCCCUGACCAGUUUUACCAGGCGAUGAAGGUAAGAUGUGUGUGAGAGAGGUUGUGGAGCUUUCUCUAAAUCAUGUGAUGUACUAAAGAUGGUGUACUAAACAUUCCCCAAUAACAAAAAAUGAUGAAAGUAAAUAAUACAUAUUUUUUUUGGGGGGGGGAGUUAAAGCCCCUGAAGAAGUCCCCUUGUUUGUUUCCUGUAAUACCUGAUUAAACUGUAAUUUCUUGUGUUCUGUGUUCAGGCUCGAAUAAAGACGGCUAAAAGGCGAGUGGUGAUGGCCUCGCUGUAUCUGGGUACAGGACCCCUGGAACAGGACCUGGUGGACUGUAUGCAGGAAGCUCUGGAGCGUUCACAGGAGGGUGACAACUCCGACCUGCAGGUCUCCAUUCUAUUAGACUACACACGCGGCUCAAGAGGUAGGAGGGGUUGUUUGUAUGUGAGAGAGGGAAAAUGCCAUGUAAUUCUUACCAAUCUACGUGUGUCUGUGACCUGUGUGUCUAGGUGAGACUAACUCUAGGACCAUGUUGCUGCCGUUGCUGCAGCAGUACAGCAGUCGGAUGCGUGUGUCUCUGUACCAUUCCCCUGACCUGAGAGGGCUGCUCCGGCUCCUGGUCCCACAGCGCUUCAACGAGACCAUUGGAUUACAGCACAUCAAAGCCUACCUGUUUGACGAUGACCUCAUCAUCAGCGGGUACACGAACACGAACUCGCUCACACACACACCAUUGUUGUAGUUGUUGGUGUUUUUCUCAUACAGUAGCUGUUGUUGCUUGGUAUCCCUCUUUCAACCUUUUACCUCUCUCUCUUCUAUCUCUCCCCUCCCUCCGUAGGGCCAACCUGAGUGACUCGUACUUCACCAACAGACAGGACCGCUACGUGCUCCUGGAGAACUGUUGGGAGGUGGCCGACUUCUUCUCUGAUCUGGUGGGCGCCGUGGGAGACGUGUCGUUACAGCUACAGCCUGACAACUCUGUUAGCAUGAUGGAAAACAUGGUGCACCCCUACAGAGGUAGAAAACACGCGGAAAACACACCAAUACAUACAGUGCAUUCUGAAAGUAUUCAGACCCCUUCACUUUUUCCACGUUUUGUUACGUUACAGUUGUCAUGACAUGACUUUCAUUACUCUGAUGACUGUUAUUUAUCGAAUCAACUAACUAUGUUUAAUUGUUACCCGAUUUUAAAUGAAUCAUGUAACAAUUAACUCAUUAGGAUUUGGGGCACCACGGAAUAAGUUGUUUAAAGAGUUACCAUCUCCCGAAUUAAACUCUAAAGGCUCUAAAUCAUAACCUCUUAUGUCAUGUGAAUUUCUAUCUCUAAUUCAACCUAAGCUUGAAUCAUUACCAGAGGUUGUAAGGCUCUGGUUUUAAUCAUCAAUGAUUCAAGGUCCACAACUCACAAGUCUUAUCUGUAUUUUUAUUCAUGGAGAGAGCUCUGGGGCCAAAGACCCAAACAUACGAUUUUAUACCUCCUGGACUUGACUCCUCCCACCUUUGUACCGCCCCCUCUGUUAGUGGGUUGACACUACAUGAUAAUUCUAACAUUUAUACUGUAUUUGGGGUAAAAUCCUUUAGUCAUUAUUCUUAAAAUCCAAAUUAAUCUAACAUCUUAUCAUAUCAUCAUUCUGAACAGUCAUAACCACCUUGGAUCUGCAAAAACCCCAGCCUUACUCAUUAUUCAGUACUACACCAAUUUGUUUAAUUAUUGAUUUACUAGCUAGCUAAAUAAUAACACGGAAUAAACAUACACACUUCAUACAUGAGAAAAAGUCCCUAGCGGACUAACAACAACAUGACUGCUUGUUUACCAAAAGAGGGAGGGGUAGAGAGAGAGAAAGAGACACUUACCGUUGAUACAUUUGGAAACUACCUUCACAGUAAUCAUAAUACUUUGCACAUGAACCACUACCGCCCAUUUGGAGUAAGAAAUCAUGAAUGUAUUUACGUGUUAAUGCCUUCGUUCGCCAUUUAUCUCUGUCGACACCAAGCCUUCUUGGAAAGGGUUUGGCUGUGUCUCCUCGCGUGUAAGGCUAUGAUUGUCCACAAUUUUUGCUAAUUUAUUACAAAUAAAAAACAGAUAUCACAUUUACAUAAGGAUUCAGACCCUUUACUCAGUACUUUGUUGAAACACCUUUGGCAGCGAUUACAGCCUCGAGUCUUCUUGGGUAUGACGCUACAAGCUUGGCACACCUGUAUUUGGGGAGUUUCUCCCAUUCUUCUCUGCAGAUCCUCUUAAGUUCUGUCAGGUUGUAUGGGGAGCGUCACUGCACAGCUGUUUUCAGGUCUCUCCAGAGGUGUUAGAUCGGGUUCAAGUCCGGGCUCAGAGACUUGUCCCGAAGCCACUCCUGCGUUGUCUUGGCUGUGUGCUUAAGGUCGUUGUCCUGUUGGAAGGUGAACCUUCGCCCAGGUCUGAGGUCCUGAGCGCUCUGGAGCAGGUUUUCAUCAAGGAUCUCUCUGUACUUUGCUCCGCUCAUCUUUCCCUCGAUCCUGACUAGUCUCCCAGUCCCUGCCGCUGGAAAACAUCCCCACAGCAUGAUGCUGCCAACACUAUGCUUCACCAUAGGGAUGGUAUUGGCAAGGUGAUGAGCGGUGCCUGGUUUCCUCCACACGUGACGCUUGGCAUUCAGGCCAAAGAGUUCAAUCUUGGUUUCAUCAGACCAGAGAAUCUUGUUUCUCAUGGUUUGAGAGUCCAUUAGGUGCCUUUUGGCAAACUCCAAGCGGGCUGUCAUGUGCCUUUUACUGAGGAGUGGCUUCCGUCUGGCCACUCUACCAUAAAGGCCUGAUUGGUGGAGUUCUGCUGAGAUGGUUGUCCUUCUGGAAGGUUCUCCCAUCUCCACAAAAUAACUCUGGCGCUCUGUCAGAGUGACCAUCGGGUUCUUGGUCACCUCCCUGACCAAGGCAAGGCUCUUCUCCCUCGAUUGCUCAGUUUGGCCAGGCGGCCAGCUCUAGGAAGAGUCUUGGUGGUUCUAAACUUCUUCCAUUUAAAAAUGGAGGCCACUGUGUUCUUGGGGACCUUCAAUGCUGAAGACAUUUUUUGGUACCCUUCCCCAGAUCUGUGCCUCGACACAAUCCUGUCUCAGAGCUCUACGGACAAUUCCUUUGACCUCAUGGGUUGGUUUUUGCUUUGACAUGCACUGUCAACUGUGGGACCUUAUAUAGACAGAUGUGUGCCUUUCCAAAUCAUGUCCAAUCAAUUGAAUUUACCACAGGUGGACACCAAUCAAGUUGUAGAAACAUCUCAAGGAUGAUCAAUGGAAACAGGAUGCACCUGAGCUAAGGUAUUUCUGUUUUUUAUUUUUAGUACAUUUGCAAAAAUGUCUAAUAACCUGUUUUCGCUUUGUCAUUAUGGGGUAUUGUGUGUAGAUUGCUGAGAAUUGAUUUUUAUUUAAUCCAUUUUAGAAUAAGGCUGUAAUGUAACAAAAUGUGGAAAAAGUGAAGGGGUCUGAAUAUUUUCAGAAUGUACUGUACAUAACACAGAGGUAACACAGUCCCUAGGUGCUUAACUCCUUGCUCAGCUUGGCUUGCAAGUUCUCAUAAUGUAGUGUAAUGCGUUGUUCUUGGAAAGGUCCAUGGAAUCAGAUUAGUUGAAAAUGUAGCUUGUUCCAGCUCAGACACACAGUGAAAUCAGAGAUCUGGCAUGUGUGUGAAUGAAAGAGAGAGAGAGUCGGGAGAGACGGAGAGGUAGACGGACAGAGAAAAAUAGUGUGAGAGAGUGUGUAACCAGAGAACGUUCAGUCAGGAUGUUGGGUCGGGUGCUAAAUGACAUAAUGUCUGCAGAACCGGACCACAGUAGUCACGGAAACUAGAAAUAGAGCAGUGAUGUCACGGAGUUGCUGGUAAACAACAGAGUGGGAACACGCACACACUAAUCAUUAGUGAAUGAAGGUCCCCUGCUGAAAGAGAGCGCAAACAUUACAGUAAAAUAACGUCUUUAGAAUGAACUCAUGCUGAGCUUGCAGGUAUCCAUCUCUCACUCCUCUUUUCCUCUCUCUCUCUCUCUCUCUCUCUCUCUUUCUCUCUCUCUCUCCUCCCUCUCUUUCUCUCUCUCUCUCUCCUCCCUCUCUUUCUCUCUCUCUCUCUCCUCCCUCUCUUUCUCUCUCUCUCUCUCCUCCCUCUCUCUGAGUCACGUCGGUGUGUGGCGCCAGCCGCCAGGCGUAGUCCAGAUAUUGACCCAUAGCCGUAAUGCCCAGAACUAAAUGACCUAUGCCCAGAACUAAAUGACCUGCUGUACUUUACACACUCACCUGCUCUACUGUACACAUACUGUGUGUGUGUGUGUGAGAGGGAGAGAGAGAGUUUGUGUAUGGUUAAAGCUAGAAUCGUUAAUUGCAAAAAUAACAAAGCGAGCACCCCGCCUCUGUUUCAUUAAAAAGCUGAGGGAUGGGCUUGGAGAAAUGUAACCACUCAAAUUCACAGACAGAGCUAUGGAUGCAAGGACUGACCAUCCAUGAUAUCAAAAUGUAUAGUUUUAACCGUGUUUGAGGCUAUACAUUGUUUGUUUACAUUGUUUACAAACAUGGGAGUAAAAUAAGCUUAUAUUUAGGGUUCUGAUGGGGUAUGGCAGUUGAACUAAGCUCAUGAGGCAUUUAUAAGUUAUAUUCUUCAAGAAUUCUAGAAAUGGAUGUAGCAACUAAGGAUUCUAGCUUUAACCAGGUCGGUCUGUUUUCUCUCUUACAUCCCUACAUUCUUUUGUCACUAGGUAACAGGGAUGAUUUCUCGGCGUCGGCCCGGCAACACAUCAUGAAGGUGGUGAGCACGGCUCGUAUGCGCCAAGACAUCGCCAAAUCAGAACAUUUGAAGCGGGAGAGCAAGGGCGAAGAAGGGGGAGGGGAGGAGGGAGGGAAGGAGGACACUUGGGUUUUUCCUCUGGUUCAGAUGAAACCUCUGGGAAUACAGGUGGAUGAGCAGAUCACACAGGUGGGUACACACACACCAGGACACCACUACACGUGAUGCUAUCUUGUAAACUUUUAUUUGAUAUUUUUGUGUGUUACUUAAAAAUGUGGUGUUUUAGUGAGAGGGCACUACAUCUGAACAUCUUAUUUCCUUGCAGCGUUUGCUGACAGAUGCGGGUCCCGGUGCGACUGUGUUUCUGACGUCGGGUUAUUUCAACCUGACAAGGGCCUACAUGUCGCUGGUUCUGGGGGUGGGCGCCGACUACCGGAUUCUCACCGCCUCCCCGGAGGUCAAUGGGUUUUUCGGCGCCAAGGGUAUUGCCGGGGAGAUCCCAGCGGCCUACAUCCACAUUGCCAGACAGUUCUACAGCAAUGUGUGUCAGCUGGGACAGCAGGAGAGAGUUCACCUCCACGAGUACCACAGAGCACACUGGACCUUCCACGCCAAGGGUGGGACACACACACACACACACACACACACACACACACACACACACACACACACACACACACACACACAGAGUACACAAAGUACACACAGAGUGAACACACACACACAAUAUAAUCCUUGGCCUGAGAGAUUGAUUCUGAAUGGUUCUACUCCAUUGUGAUUAGUUCUGUUUGGCUGUGAGUUCUGACUGGUAGUGAAGUGACGUUCCACGGUCAGACAGUGAGCUGCUGGGAAGCAUAGUGUGCAUCCUAAACGGCACCCUAUUACCUAUAUCGUGCACUACAUUUUUAACAGAGCCCUAUGGGCCCAGGUCAAAAGUAGUACACUAUGUAGGGAUAGGGGAAUAGGGUGCCAUUUGGAACUCACACAUAGUGUCAAUUCCACCCUGACAGACAGUGGUACUGUUCUGUGGCUCUGCUGUUCUGUCCCUGUGGUAACCCAGACAUGUUGCAUGAGAGACAACGUCUUGUCAAGUCAUUCACUCUUAGCCCCGAGCCAAGGAAACACACACACACACACACACACACACACACACACACACACACACAGUCACUCCUGGGUUUGGAUAGACUUUGGGGGUUUCUGUGUGUGUGCUUCAGUGUUUCCUUUAUAGUUGUGGGCAUGGCCAACGAGAACCAGAAUCCCCAUUGAAACAUGAAACAAUGCUCUAAGGAAUUAUAUCUGAACUAUUGCCAACCUGCACUUUCCUUUUGCUGAUGCAUCAUUUAUAGAAUCAAAUGGCAAUGUGUCCGAAAGAAUAUUCUAAAGAACUGAAAUGUUAGUGAUGCAUUAGUAGCUAGGUAAAUUCUUGUUUUUUCUUCAAAAGACAGAUUGAGCCACUGAGAGAGAGAGAGAAGCAGAGAGAGGGAAAUGAACACACACAGUGAAGCAGCGUCAGUGGAAUGUAAUUUCACACGAUCGUAGAGGAGUCCCAUUUAUUAGAUAAAGCAGGGCGGGCCGGCCGUUUCCCGUAAGCACAGCACACACUGCAGGAGAGAGAACAGUAGGGGAGAAAUUACACACACACACAGCACCCAGCUGGGAGAGAAUCAAUGACCAUUAGAGUAGAGUUGACCCUGACCCCCAGCUGCAGAACAAAUCACUGAUGUUGGGAAACUGCUCUCCCUUUUUCUCUCUCUCCUCCCUCUUUCCUUCCUCCACCAAUCCCCCUCUCCCCACCUUUUCCCUCAUCCCUCUCUCUCUCUCUCUCUCUCUCUCUGCAGGGCUGUGGUACUACCUGCGGGGGCAGGUGCGGCCGUGCCUGACUCUGAUUGGCUCUCCUAACUUUGGCUACCGCUCGGUGCACCGAGACCUGGAGGCCCAGAUCGCCAUAGUAACAGAGAACCAGGAAUUACAGGCCCACUUGCAGGAAGUAGGUCAUUCAAACCAACACAACUUUAUUUAAACAGACUUGAUGGCUACUAUGGCUCUGCUUUAUACAGCUCUCAACCAAAAGGCCUGUCUACAAAAUUCAACUAAUCUGAUAGUUCCUGCGAUCAUGAGCUAUGUGAAGCUGGAAGUAAUAUGCAAAGCAGACAGAGCGAGCAAGCAGGGAAACCUGGGAAAUGUGUACUCACAUUCACUCACUCUCUCUCUCACACAUACACUCACUCACACACUUUUACUCUCACCUACACUCUCUCACACACUCACUCUGUCACUCUCACACUCACUCUUUCACUCUCACACACACACUCACUCUCACACACUCUCACUCACGCACUCUCACACACACACACACUCACUCUCUCACACACAAACUCACUCUCACUCACUCUCUCUCUCACACACACACACACACACACAUACUCUCACACACACACACACUCACUCUCUCAUACACUCUCUCUCACACACACAAACUCAUUCACUCUCUCUCACUCACACAAUUACACCCUCUUUCUCUCGCUCUCUCUGUAACAGGAGCAGGAGAUGUUGUACCAGAGGUCUACAGAGGUGUCCAGCUCUACGUUCCAGCAGCCAGAUCGCCAUGUCAAGCUGUGGGUGAAACUGGUCACUCCCCUCAUCAAGAACUUCUUCUGAGAGAAACAGCCAAACAAAGGUAACACGCACACACACGCCACUCCCUCUGAACGAUUGUCUCCUAGUCUCACACAGAAGUAGAUGCUUUUUAUAGAACGGCAGAACGUGGUUUCUCCAAAAUGUCCCUAGCCACUGCUAUGUGUACCAGCCCUCAACCCAAAUCCCAAACCCAACCUAGCCCGCAUCAACCUCAGAAGCUGAACCCAGCUCCCCCUGCUUGAAUCCUACUCCUACUCCCCCUCCCCCUCCCACACCUUUAUCCACUUUAUUCCCCCCUCCUCCUCAAUGUCCCGGUUCUCUGAGAGAAACUGUCUGACCCAUCUGGCCUUUGACCCCUCAGCUGAGUGCGUCAACAUUCUGCAGUCAGCAUCUGGACCCAUUCAGCUGUGUGUGUGUGAGAGAGAGGAAUGUGACGGCCUGUUCCCCUCUCCUCCCUCUAGUUAAAUCCCUCUCAUCAUGUCAUUGUGGUGAUGAUUUGACAGAUAGUUAAGAGUAGGCAGUGGGGUCAGAGGCGGCUUAGACGGGGGAGGGUGGCUUAUUGUGUGUGUUCUAACAGGGAUGUAGACUUGCCUAACAGGACGUUUUUUUAUUUUUUUAUGUUGACUGUUAAUGGGAGUUGUCUCGUCACCACAAUAUGUCACUCAGUGAGACAAAUUGCCAUUUAAGUGUCAGUGUGAUGGAUGGGGCCACGCAUUCCUCCUCGUACUCUUAAAACUGGCACCACAAGCAUCCAAAUACAUGAACAAAGAUGCUACCUAUAGUUUGUUUUUGUUACUGUGUAGUUGUGUACCAUCAGUUCUGGUAAAUGAAUUAAUUUCGAAAUGGAAAUUAAAACACACACUUACAGUGCGCACACACACACUCUCACUGAGCAUGUGAGGUGGGAUCACAAAAGGUAAUUGACCGUUGAAUGACCUGGUCCGGGAAACAGGGUUAUCUAUAGAUGGACAUCCGUCCUCCCUCCCGCCUCUCAGAAACAGCCAUGGUAUCCACUGGUGUAACGCAGAUUCUCUGGACCCCCCCACAAGGUCACUGUCCAUGGUGAUGAAAUUGCGACAUGUCUAUGCGGCUGAAUGCCUAUCGAGUCAAUUCUAGGUUUUCUGGGGUGCCAGGGUGGCAAUAAUGUCAUUACUUAUUCAGUAAUUAAAGUUGGAAAUUCAAACAUUGCAGAUUGUACAAUUAUAAAUGUUCGAUGCAACAGCAUACCAUUCAGCUACCAAUAGAUUUUUGUCCUGUAUAGGCUAUCUGAAUCUGCAUGACAUGAACCAUCCUCACGCUCUCUCCCAGCAUGGAUAGAAAGUUGUAUGUAAAACCAGUCUAUUAAUGCCAAAUAAUAGUCAGUCCACCUUCAAACAAUAGCUUACUAAGGAUUGGACUAUUUGCACUGAUUGGUGGAGUGGUGCAGAGAGAGUUGUCCUUCUGGAAGGUUCUCCCAUCUCCACAGAGGAACUCUAGAGCUCUGUCAGAGUGACCAUUGGGUUCUUGGUCACCUCCUUGACCAAGCCCCUUCUCCCCCGAUUGCUCAGUUUGGCUGAGCGGCCAGCUCUAGGAAAAGUCUGGUUCCAAACUUCUUCCAUUUAAGAAUGAUGGAGGCCACUGUGUUCUUGGGGACCUUCAAUGCUGCAGAAAUGUUUUGGUACCCUUCCCCAGAUCUGUGCCUCGACACAAUCCUGUCUUGGAGCUCUACGUUCAAUUCCUUUGACCUCAUUGGUUGGUUUUUGCUCUGACAUGCACUGUCAACAGUGGGACCUAAUAUAGACAGGUGUGUGCCUUUCCAAAUCAUGUCCAAUCAAUUGAAUUUACCACAGGCGGACUCCAAUCAAGUUGUGUCCUGAAGUCCUCCUUUUCUGUGUGCACAUUUAUUCACCAUGGCCUGUAGGUUCAGGUUGCGGGCAGACUGUUUUCUAUACUGAGUAUUGAUAACCCAGACAGUCUUUCCUGAGACAUUGUGCAUUAUACAGUAUGUCCAUUGCGCCGUAUACGAUUUAAACUUAGUCUUGAAUGAUGCAUGCCAAGAUAUUCCAGAGAUAAGGGACUGUUGAUAUUGUAACCAUACAACUCAAACACCGGUUUGCCAGUAUGAACGAAAUCGCAAACCGCCCUCAAAAACUGUUGUCUGCUAAAGAUCAUGUUUGCAUCUGCCAAUUUAUUGGCUGUCCAGUAUCCAGACGACCUGUCCGCAGAGCUUCCUAUACAGUUAAUCUCUUUCCAUAACGUGUUGAGGCCGGCAAUUAUGGAGAAUGUGAGGCGCAAUUAAAGAUGUUACAGAACUGCUGUAUUUGAAGCACAACUCCCUUCUGUCUAGUUUCCCUGAUGUUGCUAUGGCAAUCAAGCUGUUUUUACCAUCCCUGUAACUGUCUUUUCUGCGGAGAGAUCAUUUUCUAAACUAAAACUCAUAAAGAACUACCUAAGAAACAUUAGGCUCUCUGUAUUUUGAACACCUGAGUGAGCUCCACUCAUUGCACUGGCUGCGGGGGAGUCCGGUACGCCAGCGCUAGUAUCAACACCCUCCCAACUCCAUGUGGUCUCACAGGUACACACCCUCCAGCUGCACAGUUUCACAGAAUAAAUGUGAAACGUGGUUAUAGAAGUCGGUUGAAGUAAGUCCUUAGCUGUUAUCUGGUGAUCUGUCAAAAAAAUUAAAAUAAAGCUUAGUUCUAACAAUAGCUGAGUACACACCCUCCAGCUGCACAGUUUCCCAGAAUAAAAGUGAAAUGUGGUUAUAGAAGUCUGUGGUUGAAGUAAGUACUUAGCUGUUAUCUGGCAAAAAAAGAAAGAUGGAUGUUCUUAUCUACAGAUGGAUGUUCUUAUCUACAGAUGGAUGUUCUUAUCUACAGUAUGCCUAUUGUUACACUGUACUGACAACAGGCUGGAAGCCCUCCAAUACACACCUUACUUUCCCAUUCAAAAGGUUAUCACUGCGGUUUGUCUGCAUGCUUGUAUUGUACUGUUCUUUACCUCUGUGUGUCCUAACCAUGCUUGUACAGGCUGCCCCCUAGUGGGCCUUCCUAGGAACACUGGGACGGUGAGAAAGCUGUACUGUGAUACAGUGGAGUUGUUUCAUUAUGAAAUGGAACACUAGUCACUUUAAUAAUGUUUACAUAUCUUGCACUACUCGUCUCAUAUGUAUAUACUGCAUUCUAUUCUAUAAUAUUAUACUGUAUCUUAGUCCAUGCCGCUCUGUCAUUGCUUGUCCAUAUAUGUAUAUAUUCUUAAAUUCCAUUCCUUACUAGAUUUGUGUGUAUUGGGUAUAUGUUGUGAAAUUGUUAGAUAUUACUUGUUAGAUAUUACUGCACUGUCGGAGCUAGAAGCACAAGCAUUUCGCUACACCCUCAAUAACAUCUGCUAAACACGUGUAUGUGACAAAUACAAUUUUAUUUGGGAUUUGAUUUUGAUGCCAUUUCCAAGCUCAACACAUCUUUCUCCCACCUCACUGAUGGCUGUGUUCAGCAUCACAUUCCUCCAAUAGACAUGGAUGACAGAAAUCUGUCAUUGUCUUUUUAUUAUUUAAAAAGGUAUUUUGGAUGACAUUUCUCAGUGUUAUUGUGUUUCUCUCGCCUCUCUGUUACACGCUGAGCAGGAGGCAGACCGCAGCCAGUACCCACUUGGCAGGCUUCUCCUUGGUCUUGAGGUUGAAGGUCCAGAUGAAGGUGGGACCCCUCAUGCGGGUCUUGUAGACGGGACACUCGUACACGUUCUUGGUCUCCUGCCGGUCCACUGGUACCGCCUUGAUGAAGAUCACCGGCAUGUUGGGGGUCAGCUCCUUCAGACGAGCGUCCGCUAUCACCCCUGUCUGGGUGUCCCAGCGCGCCCCUGCACAUACACAACCAGACACAUACAUACCUACCGUAUUGAACUCUAAACAUAGAAACAUCUGUCAUCACUCCAACCCCCAUCUCCACAUUGAGACUGUAUGGUUGUGUAUAUCUACUGUACAAACGGACCACUUAGUUACCAAUGCCUGAGAAAUAGCACUGUUUUUGUCACGGAAACUAGUAAGGUGUUUUCCAUGAACUACAAACAUUAAUAUGCUGAGUACAUGUUGCCAGCAGGAGGAACGUUAGCCAGGAUGUUGUGUACAUUCCACAACCUCCCCAUUAGUUUUGUAUUGACAGAGUAGAAUCUGGUACAUGAUGAGAGUAAAGUGUGUGUGUGUGAAGGUAAAUAGACAGGCAUGUGAACAGGUGUGGGUCUGAAGGUAAAUAGACAGGCAUGUGAA